AUGGCCGCGAAGUCGGACGGCACAGCCGUGCCGUUACAGAACGACAUCCGGCCGUUGUGCACGCGCAGUCCCGGACUGAGCUCACCGCGCGGCCGCUACUCUCUGCUGGACUGCUGCUGGACGCUCGGCGCUCUCCUCGUGUUUUUCUCGGACGGGGCCUCCGACCUGUGGCUGGCCGCCGACUACUACCUGCGGCAGGACUACCGCUGGUUCGCGCUCACGCUCGUCUUCGUGGUCGUACCGUCUGUCGUGGUGCAGGUGCUGAGCUUCCGCUGGUUCGCGUAUGACUACUCGAAGUCGAGCAGUGCCGGUUCCGCCGCGGCAGCCGUAGUGGCGGCGUCCGGAGCACAGAGGCGCUUCAGCACCACGGAGAGCGGCGUUCGGACCCGCUGCUGCAGAGCCAGCGCCUGGUUCUUCCACAGCAUCGUGCACAUCCUCCAGUUAGCUCAGGUCUGGAGGUACAUCCAUGCCUUGUAUCUGGGAGUGCAGAGCCGAUGGCGAGGGGACAGCGGACACAGACACUUUUACUGGCGAAUGAUGUUCGAGAGUGCAGACAUCAGCAUGCUACGGCUGCUGGAGACCUUCUUGAAGAGCGCUCCUCAACUCGUCCUGCAGCUCAGCAUCAUGGUCCAGGCCAUGCAGGUCCUCCCUUUACAAGGCCUGUCUGCUUCAGCCUCGCUGGUGUCUCUUGCCUGGAUGAUGGCAUCCUACCAAAAGGCUCUGCGGGACUCCCGUGAUGACAAGCUGCCCAUGUCUUACAAAGCAGCAGUUGUGCAGAUGCUUUGGCACUUGUUCAUGGUUGGGGCACGUGCGAUGGCGUUUGCGCUGUUUGCCUCAAUCUUCCAACUCUACUUUGGGAUCUUCAUUGUGGCCCACUGGUGUGCCAUGACCUUUUGGAUCAUCCAAGGUGAGACUGACUUCUGCAUGUCCAAGUGGGAGGAGAUCAUUUACAACAUGAUGGUGGGCAUCGUGUAUGUAUUCUGCUGGUUCAGCGUACGAGAGGGACCAACACGUUGCCGCCUGCUUUUCUACAGCCUUAUAGUACUGGCUGAGAACGUGGCUCUCACUGCUGCAUGGUACUUGUACCGUGGCACACGCAUCUCUGACUUCUAUGCUGUGGUGGUGGUGUGCGUGGUGGCCUGUAGCUAUGCCCUGGGUACCUUCUUCAUGUUUGUGUACUACUGCCUGCUGCACCCAGAUGGCCCUGUGACAGGUGUCCAUCUAGGAUGUGCCACAGUGGAGAGGGGUGCAGUGUCAGAGGCUUGUCUCUCAACAGUGACCUCUGCUCCUCCUCCAGAUGUGGUGAGCAGCCCACCCAGGACGUUGCAGAGGACUAAAGGAGGAGGAGAGCAGGAAACAGCAGGUGAGGGAGUGGACGUCUUUCAGGUGCGCCCUCCUGCUGGUUUAAGAACUCCUGCACCCCGCCCCACCCCAAAGACAGAAGGGCCGGUUAUUCGAAUUGACCUGCCCAGGAAGCAGUACCCUGCCUGGGAUGCUCACUUCAUUGACCGCAGGCUGCGCAAGACCAUCUUGGUCCUAGAGGGUGCAGCACCAGGCACACCCAGGAUCCAGUACCGCUGUUUGGGCACGCCAAAGGAGGUGAUGGAGUAUGAAACAACAGUGUGA